AUGUUCGAGAUCUUGGGAACAUGCUUCGCAGUCGGCUGCACCGUGGACGGCCAGAAGCCGAUCGCCCUGCAGGAGGCCAUCGACAACGAGGAGUGGGAGCUGCCGACUGCUAAAGCCGGAUCUGCUGAGUUGCAGCAGCGCCAUCGUCUCUGGGCAGAGGCUCUAGAGUUUUUGGCACAGAUUCCAGGACAUCCAGACGUGCCUGCUAUGAAUGCUGUCAUGACUGCAUGUGCAGAGGCCGGAGAGUGGGAACGGGCCUUCCUACUGCUGCAACAGUUUCACCUCCAUCACUUGGUUCCAGACGUCGUCAGCUUCAACUCUGUAAUGGCGGCCUGCGAUCAUGGGCAGCAGUGGGACUUGGCUCUCUGGCUCUUUGGACAGCUUCGCACCCUGCGCCUGCGGCCGUCUCUUAUAAGCUUUAGCUCUGCAGCCAGCGCCUGCGAGAAGGCAAAGCAGUGGACGCAAGCGGUGAGCUUGCUCCUCACCCUUCAGCAGUUUGGGCUGCAAGCCGAUGAUAUCGCUUUCAACACGGUCACAAGCGCGUGUGGCCAUGGACAGCAGUGGAAGAAGGCUCUGGGCAUCCUUGGAUGCCGCGAGGCAUGUGGACUCCCGUGGGCAUUGGUGACCUGCAAUGCAGCCAUCUCUGCAUGCGCUGCUGGCCUCGCCACCCGUGUUGCCGUAGCUUUCCUGCGAAGGAGCGGGAAGCUGCACAUCGAGAGUUCCUUCAAUCGAACACUCUUACAAGGUGAGAUGGGUGCUUCGGGCACUGUCAGUUGUUGCAGGAGAAGCAGCAAACAAUCAGCAAACCAAGACUUUCGUAUUAUUUAUUGGUGCAGUUUGAGCUUGAGUUCAAGCUCACUGGUGACAGGCAACUGA